AUGAGCAUUGAAUUCGAUCGCGGUGCUAAAUUAGGACAAGGUGGUUUUUACUCCAUUUUUAGAGGGAAAUAUAACGGCCAUCCAGUGGCAGUGAAGAGAGUUUUUCUUGAGAACGUCGAUGACAACGACGAAGAAUCUUGGCGUCAGCUGGAUCAUCGUAACAUUGUCAAACUUUUUCAUUGUGAAAGCGACAUGGACUUCAGAUACUAUGCAUUUGAAUUGUGCGACGCCUCGUUAGAUCAGCUAUUCCUAGACCUGGAAGAUCCCAAAAGUUACAACGGACCUAUGCCACAUCAUAUCGAUGCUUUGCUUCAAUUGGCUUUAGGUCUCGAACACAUCCACUCCACCACAAAAUGUCCUAAUUGCGGUGGGAACUGCUGGCCAAGAUGA